GUGUCUGCUGACAUCACAGCUGGAAGUGCCUUGUCACGCGGGGUUAGUAAAAGUUGGGAUCGGAGCUCCACAGGGCGAGAGAGACACACAAGUCAGGCCGGCGCAGAGGCAGCGAAACCGGGCUACAAAUUACCCGACCGUUCGCUGACAUUACGACGAACAGUCAAACACGAUCGGGAGACAACUCUUUUUAUUUGUUUGGAGGAAGAGUGGCAUACACGGCGACUUUUUCCGAGGUUAAAUGUUGUUUUUGGCCAAAUUAGAAGACUAUUUUGGAUUUGUGGAAGUAACGAAGGACACUUUGACUGUGUGAUUCAAGCGCCAAAUGAAGCAAAGUUGAAGUUCAGCGUCGGCGUCGUGCCACUCGGUAAAUGUUGCGACGUUUUCGGAAAGCGUAAACCUGCUUCGACGGUCGAGCGGCGGCGUGGGGGGGUUUCAGAGACGAGUGAGCCGAGCUGUCAAACCCGAUGACGACGGCAAACUGCCCCGGUAAUGAGGAGCUCGACUUCCGACUCAUCUUCGGGGAGGACGGACAGCAGCAGCAGUUGGGCCCCGCAGAUCUGGAGCCAGAUGACAACACAUCGUUCUACAUUCUAAAUGUGGGGCAGCCCCCAUCAGUGGUCACGAACCACCAGUCAAUCAGCCUCCCCCGACAUGGCAUGCAGUCGCACUCCCCGCUCAUCAGCACUUCACCUCGCCUUCAGUCACAUAAACAAGGACCCAUGCACCUGACUUAUGAGGCACAGGACUCAAAGUAUGGCACCUCCCCCUUACUCCAUUCUGCCCCAGUGGAGGCACCAAAGGCCUUCGAAUGCCCCAGUAUUCAGAUUACCUCCAUCUCCCCGAGCUGCCAGCAGGAGAUGGAUGCCAAUCAACAAGCUCUGAGGCCAAAUGGCCCCGAUAGGGAGUACCACAGUGAGAGGCCUCUAUCCAGAGACCACCUGUAUUUGCCUCUCGACCACUCGUACCGGGACUCCUCCCUCAGUCCGAGCCCAGGCAGCAGCCUCUCGUCCAGGAGCUGGUUUUCGGAUGCUUCCUCCUGCGAAUCAUUUUCCCACGUCUACGACGAUGUCGAGGCAGAGCUCAAUGAAGCCGCCGCUCGCUUCACCCUGGGCUCGCCGCUUACGUCGCCGGGGUGCACGUCCCCACAAACGGGCGUCGGCAAUCUGGAGGAACAGCCGCAGUGGCAGCACCCUCACCCUUCCUUCGUCCAGCACUCCCACUCCGUCACGCUGUCGCCUCGACAGUCCCCCUGCCACUCACCGCGCACCAGUGUCACUGAUGAGAACUGGCUUAGCCCACGGCCACCUUCUCGGCCCUCCUCGCGUCCCACCUCACCCUGCGGGAAGAGGCGCCACUCCAGUGCCGACAUAUGCUAUCCUGGCUCCGUGUCACCACAUCAUUCGCCCUCGCCCACGCCGGGACCUUCACCUAGGGGCAGCGUGACAGAGGACACGUGGGCUGGAAGUCCAUCGACAGGAAUGUCACCUUUCCAGUGCUGCCAAUCUGAGGCAGACAUCCCAUCCAAGACAAGGAAGACCUCACAAGACACAACAGCCAUGCAGCCCUCGGCAAAAGCAGAGUUGGGAAUAGAUGACAAAGGAAAUAUGCUUCCUAAUCUAGACUCGCCCUCAGAAGAGGCUCUCCAGAUCCUCAAGAAGGAUGGGCCUGGGGAGCAGUUCCUCUCGGUGCCCUCCCAUUUUUCAUGGAAUAAACCCAAGCCCGGUCACACACCGAUAUUCAGGACCUCCUCACUUCCUCCCCUAGACUGGCCGCUGCCAAGUCAGUUCGGCCAGUACGAACUGAAGAUCGAGGUGCAACCCAAGGCGCACCACCGAGCACACUAUGAGACCGAGGGCAGUAGAGGAGCUGUCAAAGCGGCGUCAAGUGGCCAUCCCAUUGUCAAGCUGGUUGGCUACAGCGAGAAGCCUGUCAACCUGCAGAUGUUCAUCGGAACAGCAGAUGACCGUUACUUGAGGCCGCAUGCUUUUUACCAAGUGCACCGCAUCACCGGGAAAACUGUGGCCACGGCCAGCCAGGAGAUUGUGAUCACCAGCACCAAAGUUCUGGAAAUUCCUCUCCUGCCUGAAAACAACAUGUCCGCCUGUAUCGACUGUGCAGGCAUCCUGAAGCUACGGAACUCAGACAUUGAACUGCGGAAGGGGGAGACGGACAUUGGAAGGAAGAACACACGGGUACGCGUGGUGUUCAGGGUUCACAUCCCUCAGCCGAAUGGGAAGGUUCUGUCGCUGCAGGCGGCCUCUAUUCCUGUAGAAUGCUCCCAGCGUUCGGCUCAAGAGCUGCCACAAGUUGACAAAUCCAGUCUGACCAGCUGUCUGGUCUGUGGGGGAGAGGAAAUGGCCAUCACUGGGAGCAACUUCUUUCCAGAGUCCAAAGUCAUCUUUUUGGAGAAGGGCCCUGAUGCGCGGCCACAGUGGGAAGUGGAGGCCAAAAUCAUCCGGGAGAAAACUCAAGGCUCAUGUAUUGUAGUGGAAGUCCCUCCGUACCACAGUAAGACUGUGAGCUCCGCUGUGCAAGUGCAGUUUUAUGUCUGCAAUGGAAAACGGAAAAGGAGCCAAUCCCAGCGCUUCACUUACCUUUCAGUGAUGGUGAAACAGGAACACCGGGAUGAGCUGGACCAUCCCGCUGUAUCUGCCAUGUCCAUGCCCCUGACACAUGCUGCCAGUCUGGUGCGCCCUCAGCUGCCUUCCCCCGAUCAGGGCCACCCAUCGGAUAACCUUCUGUCCACCUCCCCGCACGGUCUGGCCUCGGGCUCGGGACCCGUCCUGCUGUCCCUGCAGGCUCCCUGCCCUUCCAUAGGCUCCCCAUCCUUCCAGCACCUGCCUCACCUCCAGGGUCGCAGUUUGCACCACGCUCCCGUCGACUGCCACAUGACGUUCCAUCCGAGCUCCUCUCCCGUCCCACUUCCUGCCUCCCCGUCGCCCUCGCGGCCCUCGUACCAGCCCAUGCAGCGCAACCAGAGUCACGCUCACAGCCUGUCCUUCAACGGCCAGUCAAGCCUUUCUCCUCAGAGCUAUGACAGGAUGCCUUUCCAGCAAAGCCCCGGUGCUGCGUCACACCCGCUGGGCAUGGGGAUAGUGUAUUCCUCCUCCCCCUGCUCGUCCCCGUCAACGCCCGUGUCGUCAGGCCCCAUCGCGGGGUCUCCGCAAAGCCACCAACCCCUUCUCGCCCCCUCGUCCCCACACCUCCACACGAUGGGAGGCUACCACUGCUCCCCGAAUCCCACUCAGGUGCCCUCACCUACUGGCCCCCCACUCGUGGGGCCCCACUCUUCCCAGCUUCAGAGGGCCAUGGGCUACCACCCAGUGAGUCAACGCUCAGCCUCCUGCCCUACACCAUGCACCGCCCCUCCUCCGCAUAUGAUCCCGUCAGCCCAUUCCGGGCCUUCUUCCCCUCAGCUCCACUCGCUGCCCUACCAGUCUCCCACUUCCUCUUCGCCAGGUAACAGUCCCUUGGGCCCCUUGCAGCAUCCGCAUUCAGGACAUCCUUCUCCUCAGGCGGCUAGCCCGGUCAUGGCCGGCUUGUCCCCGACUGCUGCGGGGCCUUUGGUGCACCCACUAAGCCCCCAGGGGCCAUUCACAUCGGAAGUCGAGAGGCUGAACAUCAAAGAAGAGCCGGAGGAUAGGGAGCCUACCUUCCGCUCGAUAGGCCUACAAGACAUCACACUGGAUGAUGUGAACGAGAUCAUCGGCCGAGACAUGUCGCAGUCCCCCAGUGGCCGUGGCCCCGCCCGAGCAGCCCACGGCGCACAGUCGUAGCUAAAUGGCCAGACGGCAACCAGAACACCAGGGUACUUCAACUCCCACAAUGCAACACCUGUCAGGAAAGCUCGAUAUACUGUAUACACACAUCAAGAGCAUCAAUGUGGGUGAUUUUUUUUUUUUCACGAAAUCACCCUUUUUGAAAUGAUCAAAGCAUUUAUGAUCCCAGUGAGGAGAAGCUCAACAUUCCGCAACUGUCAAGCACCUGUACUUCUCUGAUCACUCACGUCCCCUGCUGUCUAUACAUGUAACUGCCUUACAAUUUAUUGUUUUAUUCUUCUUAUUAUAGAAAUAUAGAUGCCAUAAGAUGGCAGCAAAUCACAUUUUCUGUUAGAUAAGCAAUGACCCAGCUCAAUAAAGCUCCACCCCUCACUUCAACAUAGUAGCUUGGCACCAGGAUGCCACCAGAUGGAGCAAAAGCAACGUCUUUAAGUGAGACGUGGCUCUGGCCUGAGCACAAAAAUAUCAAAUAGUUAAAAAAGAAAAAAAGGCAAACUCCAACCCGUGAUUAAGCGGGGUUCACUGUAUUAUUCGUUGUUAUUAUUAUUACCUGUGUAGCAGAAUUGAAUGGCAGCAAAGUUCCCUUUCUAACCAAAUAAACUGAAAUCUACGAAGAUACCAUUUUAUUUACGAAAAUAUAAGAUCAUCUACUCUGUGCAAUAAUUUUUAAAAAAUCAAUUAAAAGUCUCCCCUGUGUGCCUUGUUUUCAAGAAGACAAAUUGAGUCUCAAUAUUUUCUAUAAAAAAAAAAAAAACAAAACAAAACAAAACAAUAUAGUCCACAAAAUGUUGUCCAACAUCUGGAUGUGGCAUAUUUACACAAAACGAAAAUAACCGCAGCAAUAACGCUCGAAUUG